AUGUCAGAGCAGAACUCCACAGCCCCUGCAGACAAGUACCCCAAACAGGAUGCAGUUCCACCCAACAGUAACACUUUACCACUUUCAAUUUCUCAGACGGAUUCAAGGGAUAAAUGGAGCAAGAAGAUGGACUUUCUACUCUCUGUCAUUGGAUUUGCAGUUGACUUGGGAAAUGUGUGGAGGUUCCCAUACAUCUGCUAUCAGAAUGGUGGAGGAGCAUUCCUGAUUCCAUAUACCAUUAUGGCCCUAUUUGGUGGUGUCCCACUCUUCUUCAUGGAGUUGGCUUUAGGACAGUUUCAUAGAACAGGAGCUAUCCCCAUUUGGAAACAUAUUUGUCCUAUCUUUAAAGGCAUUGGGUUCGCUAUAUGCAUCAUUGGAUUGUACGUAUCCUUCUACUACAAUACUAUAAUAGCCUGGGCGUUGUAUUAUUUCUACUCCUCUUUUUCCACAACUUUGCCAUGGACAAGUUGUGACAACCCUUGGAAUACAAUAAACUGCACUAAUUACUUUGGAAAGAGCAACAUCACAUGGACUAAUUACUCCAAAUCCCCUGCUGAAGAGUUUUAUACGAGGCAUGUACUGGGCAUACAUGAAGCAGAUGGUCUAGAACAUGUUGGAGGGUUGCGAUGGGAGCUCCUUCUUUGUCUUUUUUUAAUCUUUACUAUAGUGUACUUCAGUUUGUGGAAGGGAGUGAAAACAUCUGGAAAGGUAGUAUGGGUGACAGCGACUUUUCCCUAUGUGGUCCUUUUUAUACUCCUGAUCAGAGGUGCCACGCUGCCUGGAGCAUGGAGAGGUAUCGUGUUCUACCUGAGACCCAACUGGCAGAAGCUGACAAGCACUGCAGUGUGGAUCGAUGCAGCAGCUCAGAUAUUUUUCUCAUUGGGGCCAGGAUUUGGCGUUCUUUUAGCACUGGCAAGUUACAAUCCAUUCAACAACAACUGUUACCGAGAUGCUAUUAUCACCAGCAUGGUCAACUGCCUGACGAGCUUCCUAUCUGGAUUUGUAAUCUUUACAGUACUGGGAUAUAUGGCUGAAAUGCGUGAUGUUGAAGUGGAAGAUGUCGCAAAGGACAAAGGACCUAGCCUCCUAUUUAUAACAUACCCAGAAGCAAUUGCUAACAUGGUCGGCUCAACUUUUUUUGCUAUCAUAUUCUUUAUGAUGAUGAUCACUCUUGGUUUGGAUAGUACGUUUGGAGGCCUUGAAGCUGUUAUAACUGCAAUCAUGGAUGAAUAUCCAGACAUUUUGGGUAAGAGAAGAGAGCUGUUUGUCCUUGGCUUGGUCACAGUCUGCUUUACUGGAUCACUCAGCACUUUAACUCAGGGAGGAGCAUAUGUUGUGAAGCUUCUGGAGGAAUUUGGGGCUGGCUGUUCUAUCAUUGCAGUUGUAUUCUUAGAAGCAAUCGCUGUGUCUUGGUUCUAUGGAAUACAAAGGUUCUGCAAUGACGUGAAGGCCAUGCUAGGCUUUACUCCGGGGAUAUACUGGAGAGUUUGCUGGGUAGCAAUCAGUCCUGCAUUUCUGGCUUUUAUCAUAGUAAGCUCAUUUAUGGAUCAACCACCUCUGAUGCUAUUUGAUUAUAAAUAUCCUGAAUGGACAAUAUCAGUUGGUUACCUAAUUGGGGCAUCAUCCUUUAUCUGGAUUCCAGUAUACAUGGUUUAUAAACUAGUAUGGACUCCAGGAUCCCUCAAACAGAGGCUGGCUGUUUGUAUCCGACCUGAAAAUGUUGGGAAAGAUCAACACUCUGAUUCCUUGUGCGUGGCAAUGGCACCCUAAUUACACAUGUGUGGCCCAAGGGUUUUUCAGGCUAACCUGAGAUGUCACAGGGAAUUAGCCAAUGGUGCUUUAAAUAGUCUUUACUCCUCUGUUAAGGGGUUUUGCCAAGUGCAGUACUAUUCAGAAGCUGCUGCUGGAGGUACAAAUGAAAAAAUGUGCAGGUUCUUUUAUAUGCUUGUUAACAGUUACAUGAUGCCACAAAAUUUAAGAAACGUAUUAUACAGUAUGAUGGUUUUGUGUCUUCUUGCUAUAUGGAUGUAUGAAUAGG